ACCGCUCUCUGCUACCUGGGACACAUCAAACGCGUCGCGAAGAAAAUAUGCGAGAAAAUAGGUGAAAAUUGUGUGAAAAUUUCGGUGUACAAUCUCCGUCUCCGUCGCUCUGUGUAUGUGUUUGUGCUCGUGCGUGUUAGUGCUAAAUAAAUCGCCAAACCGUCGUGCCACAGUGUUUGCCGUGUGCUGCGUUGGUGAAGUGAAUUGAAUAAACAACAACUCGAGACAAGUAUAUUUGCAUUCACUUCGCGUUGAAGUAUCGCAAGAAUCGGAAGUAACCAGCCCCGAUAGGAACCUUAUCCCCACAACGCGUCGAAGUUAACGAGAAAAACUAGCAACGAGAAGUCCUGCGAACGGUGUGAUCCUUCCCGCCGGUAGGGACUCACAGUCAGCGAGAAGUGCCAAAGAGGAGGAGCAGAAGCGAGCCGAAAAGCCGAUCCCUGUAGCGAUAAUGACACGUUGGCGCGUGUGCUGAUUGACACAACCAGUAACCUGUUGUCCUGCGUGCGGCGCAAAUUGUAAGGAAAAGCACAACCCGUCCAGUGUGUGUGCCAAAACGAGGGACAUCUUGGGUGGCGCAUGUGUCCUUUCCGCACUUGGUUGGGCAAGAAGCUACUGGGCGAAUCGCGCAAGUGCCACGUUGCCUCCUCCCGGUUUGCGUGAGUGCUUGUGGCGCAGCACAACCGAUUGAUGAAUUUAUCUGGCGUGUGCUGUCCGUGCUCUUCCCCUCCCUGCGUCGUCCAACGCUUCCCCGCUGCCGUAACUAGAGAAAGAGAGCGACACGACGACGACAGCGACGAGCGAGAAAAGCUGCCUGUUGCUGGCGUUGGUUUAUGAGCUCGCGGGCGCACCAUCGCCACAGUAAGCAGUGUGUCGUCGCGCCUGGAGGUAGGGCCACGCGGUGGUUUAGUUGUGGGAAGCCCAGUGUGAUACGUGUCAGUUAGUGAACUUUUAGUGUGUGUGUGUGUGUGUGUAUGUGUUUACAUUGUGAGUGUAGUGUGGAACCGAAGCAAAAGUGAAUUCAGUGGGGCCCGGUAGUAGAGCCCCUUCAGAGAGUUUAACCUUUUUAUUUUACCUUUUUCCAUUCGCGCGGUUGUAAGCCAACGGCAUAAAUCACGACGGAGUGUGACGGUAGAGCCGGUGCCAUCCGCCAAACCCGAUUUUCGAUGGUAAAGGCACCACUGUUGUCGACCGCUUCCCAGCAGCAGCACCAGAAGCCCCAGUGCCCGAAGGAGAUCAUCCACCAGCCGUCCCCGCCGGUCACGCUGUCCUGUGUAUCCUCCUCCCCGUCCACCUCCCAGGUGCUGAUACAGCAGCAGCAGCAGCCGCCGCACCAUCUCCACCAGCAUCACCAUCACCAUCUGCUUCAGCUUCAGCAGCAACAACCGCCACAGCAGCAGCAGCCCCCGCAACAGCAGCAGCAGCAGCAGCAGCCCCCCUUAUUCAGCUUCCCACCACCGCUGGCGACGGCGACAGCGGCCACCCACACGACGGCCUACUAUCCGAUCGGGCCGGUCAAGAAGCAUCGCCGGGUGCAGAUACAGAUGGCGACGGAACCGCCACCGGUCGGGACGGGCGGCAUCGUCGUGACGAAGACGGCCACGUCGGCCGCCAUCGCCGUGGUCGCACCGACCGCCCGGAAUGCGGCCGUCGCGAUGGCGACCGGCGGUACGCUGAGCAAUUGCGUGACCACGGGCACGGUAGCGCCCGCGCCGACCGUUGCAACCGUUUGCAGCGGUGCUGCUGCAACGGUCGUACAGUCGGCGACGAGCCAGGCACAGCAGCAGCAGCAGCAGCAACAGCAGCAACCAAUUCUAACCCUUGCGCCGGCCGGUACGUCACCAGGAGCAGCGGCAACAACGAUGAAAGCGAUAAAUCAACCCACGCUGCAGCAUCAGCGGAUUCAAUCGAUGCACCACAUCCAUCACCAUCAUCACCAUCAGCUGAUCAACGGUGUGCCGGCGUCGGCCGGCCAGCGCAUGCCGGCGAAUGCGGUGGCAGCGGCGGCCGUGGUCGCCUCGACCGCCACCCAUACGACCCACCAGCCGUCGCCGGCCGGCUGGCCGAUGGUCGAGCCGGUGUUUCACUUCGGGCCGGGGUUCGAGCUGGAAACGCGCCCGUACUGUCCGACCCACACGCCACCGUCGGAGCAUGUCGUGCUGUUUCACGUGCGGCCGGGGGUGGCCGUCACGUUCCAGAUCGCAGGCAACCGGGAAACGAUACGAGGUCCCGUCACACUGCCAAUGGUGUCGCAGAACGGUACGCCCCCGAUGGCGAUGCCGAUGCAGGUACCGCAGGGCCACAUCAUGCAGCAGAUAGUGGACGAAAACGGUACGCUCCGGCACGUCAUCCUGUCGACCCAGCCGCCCCAACCGCUCCGGCAGGGGAAUGUUCAGCACCAUCUGCAUCCGUCAGCAUUUAUUAAUGGUACACCGACGCCGUUCUUCAACCCGAUUGCCGCCAGCUACCAGGCGGGACCCGGGGCCGGUGCCCCCCAGAUGUACCCAUCCCAGCUGAUCGGUGCGAACGGGGCGAACGUGGGCGGCGGUACGGGCGGCAACCACGGGCUGCACACGGCGCAAGGCAACGUGCCCCACUCGCCGUCGCCGCCCCACACGAACACCAGCUACCACAAGGACGAGCGGGCCCAGCGGCAGCACUCGAAGCUGCACCGGAAGCUCGACCAGAAGCAGCGGGAAUUGAAUGCAUCUGCAACGACGCCGAUCAAUUCACCUCGAAAACAUGCCGAACUGAACGGAGGUGGUGGUGGUGUACGGAAAUCGCAUGCCCCUCCCCAACAGCAACAGCAGCACCAUCUGCUUCCCAACCACAUGAACAAUCAUCGCAAUGGUACGGGAGCGGCCGUUGCGAUCAACACGCCGUCCCCCUCGGAGGAGGACACGUCGAGCGCCCCGGACGAAGAGGACGACAACACGCAGUCGCUCAUAGUGGAGCAUCUGAGCGCGGUCCCAUCGCCGCAGGUGACCGAGAUAACGCCCCGCACCGCCCUGCUGCAGUGGUCGCCGCCGACCCCGACCGUGCCGGUCGUGCCGCUACCACCGCCGCCGGUAACGGCCGGCCCCGUGCCGGGCGUGCCGCCACCACCCCUGCCCGGUGCCGCCCUCGAGCCGCUGCCCUUCAACGUGCAGGAUCUGCGGUACGAGGUGCUGCUGAGCGACCACGGCAAGGAGAACAAGUACAAGAGCAUCUUCAAGGGCUCGUCGCUGUCCUGCAAGGUGCAGGACCUGCGACCGGGCCAGGAGUACACGGUACGGCUGCAGGUGUAUCUCGACCAGCUGCACGGCUCCCCGACCGAGCCGACAGUCUUCAACACGCCCUGCUGCGAGCCGGACGUGCCCGCACCGCCCAAGCUGCUCGCCCGCUCCAAGAACUCGCUGCAGCUGCGAUGGAACGCACCGUCGGACAACGGCUCCCACAUCAUCCACUACAUCCUGGAGUGUGACAAUGGCAAGGGCUCGAUGGCCCACCAGCAGCAGCAAGGACAGCAACCGAUGCAGCUGGCGUACGAAUUUUUCGAGGUCUGCAAGACGAAGGGUAAGCAGUUCCAACUCAACAAGCUGCAGCCGUCGACGUACUACGUGUUUCGGCUGUCGGCCGUGAACGAGUACGGCCGCAGCGGCUACUCGGAUCUGGUCAAGUACAGCACGGUCGGGAAUGCGCCGGCCCAACCGGCACCGCCGACGCUGCGGCACGCGACCGCCACCACGCUGAAGCUGGCCUGGCAGCGGCGCUCCCCAUGCGAGGAGUACACCCUGCAGAUGAACGACGACCAGGGGUACGGCUACCGGAACGUGUACAACGGGCAGGACACGCUGUACGAGUGCAUCGGGCUGCGGCGCGCUUCCACAUUCCAGUUUAGAUUAAGGGCGGAGAACGAUAACGGGCGGGGCCCGUGGAGCGAGGAGGUCGUCUUCCGGACGCUGCCCACGUGCCCGGGCCGGCCGGCGAAGCCGCAGGUCAAGGGGAAGGUGCACGCGAACGGGUUCCGGGUGAGGUGGGACGCACCGCACGAUACGGGCGGGGCGGACAUCUCGCUGUACCAUCUGGAGAUCAGCUCGGGCGCCUCGUACGACCGCGUGUACAGCGGCAAGGAGGCGGAAGCGACGAUCGAUCGGCUAAACCCUGGCACCGCCUACCAGAUCCGCGUGCUGUGCGAGGGCCCCGGCGGGAUAAGUGCAUUUUCCGAGCCGUGUCUCGUGACGACGGAACCGGUGUCGCCCGGGCCGCCCCAGAAACCGUACUGCAAAUCGCCCCCGACACCGUACGCCGCCUGUCUCGGGUGGGAGAAGCCCGACUACAACGGCGGUUCGCCCGUGCUCGAGUACGAGAUGGAGGUGGAGACGGUCAGCACGAAGGUGCGCAGCGCGGUGUACCGGGGCAGGGACAUGUUCUGCGUGGCGAAGGAUCUGCUGCCCGGCGAGCAGUACACGGUGCAGGUGCGGGCGCUGAAUCGCAUCGGCGCCGGGCCCUGGUCGGAGGAGUUUACGUUCACUGCCGGUUCGGCGCCGCCCGAGUCGCCGCGCGACCUGUCCGUCGUGCUGAAGUCGCCAACGCAUUUAACUGUGAUGUGGGCCGAGCCGCACAGCAACGGGUCACCGAUAAGCGAGUACAUUCUUCAAUCCAGUGCCGAGUCGAGCAGCAGCGAGGUAGUGGACGCGAGCGGAGGAGCGGUGGACGCGAACGCCAACUACCAGACGGUGUACCGAGGCGCGCACCGAUCCGCGGACGUGCGCAAUCUGCACCCGCACUCGCGCUACCACUUCCGCGUGUGCGCACUGAAUGCGGCCGGCUGCUCGCGCUACUCCGUACCGAUCGGGCAGCAGAUGCCGGCGGCUGCGCCGAACGCACCGACCGUCGGCGGGCAGAAGAUCACGGCCAAGAGCAUACUUAUUAGCUGGCAGACGCCGCACGACAACGGCUCGCCGGUGACGCAGUACAACAUCGAGUGCGGCGAUCGGUUGAUCACGACGGACGCGCACACGGCCAGUGCGGCCGCCAUCGCAGCUACCUCGCCCGAGCAGCAGCAGCAGCACGGCGCUGGAGGAUAUCCGGCCGCCGACCACCACCACCACCACCACUACGACGAGGAGUACGAGGAGGAGGAAGAGGACGAAGAGGAGGAAGCAUCCGUAGGCAGUGCGGCUUCGACGGACGCGGAGGACGAACCGUCUGCCGCGACGAAUUUAGUAGAUAGCAAAUUAGGCAAAGCGGUCACUGCCGCCGCCAGUCCCGCCCACUCGGCCAAGGGAGGCAAGGGGCAGAACCACGCGGCCGCCAGCGCGCCGAACACCACCCCAGCGACCACUGCUGGCCGGUCGAGCUGCAGCAACAUGCUGCUGAUCGGCGAGCUGCACCCGGAAACGACGUACAAGCUGCGCAUCCAGGCGGUGAACGCCAUCGGCACCGGGCCAUUCUCGAGCUACAUCAAGUUUACGACCUCGCCGCUGCCCCCGAAACCGCCCAAGCUGGAGUGUGCGCAGGCCGGCUUUGCGCACCUGAAGCUGCGCUGGGGCGAGGGCAAGAACCUGGCCGACCUGGCCCGGUACUACGUCGAGAUGGAGAACAGGCGCACGGGCGAAUACCACAACGUGUACACCGGCACGCGCAACACGUGCAAGGUGAUGCGGCUGCACGAAACGACCAGCUACACCUUCCGGAUAUGCGUCGAGACGCGGCACGCCGGGCGGGGCGAGUUCUCCGACGGUUUCAGCUUCACCACGGCGAUGGCAGCGCCGAACAGCAUCAAGGCACCGCGCGUCUGCACCGAUGCGGCUGCACUGGCAGCCGCGGCGGCUGGCAAUGAUCCGGCGGCCCGCCACGGCACGCUCACGAUCGAGUGGCAGACGAGCCGGAACAACCCGUUCGUCGAUCCGAUCGAGUACAUUCUGCAGAUGGCCAAAGCUAGGGACCAAGAAUUUCAACAGGCCUACCGUGGACCCGAAACGCGCUUUACUGUACACAACCUGCAGCACGGCGUGACGUACGCGUUCAAGGUGUGCCCGGUGCGCGUGCGCCCGAACGGCGAGCUCAUGAGCGGUCCGUUCUCCCCGGUGCUGAACCACCAUCUCGCGACGAACGUGCCGCGGUCGAGCAGUGGGGCGGGUCGGUCCGGUGCAGCCGGGCACGCCACGGACGACGUCGACGGGCGCACCCCGUUCCAGGGCAAUGUGGUCAACAGCAAGGGUGAGUUGGUGCUGACGACCAAAUCGUCGACCGGGGCGGGCCUGCUGCUGGCCGGCAGCAACAACGGGUACGGUCCGGACGGCGACGGUCACCAGCACGGGGCGCGCAGCGAUACGGUUGCGUCGACCACGCUCCAGCAGCUGCAGAAGUUCUUCGAGCCCGACUCGAGCAAAGCAGUCGUGUGCGUGUUUGCGCUCUUCCUGCUGUCCAUCAUCGUGGCCGCAUUCCUCAAGUAAAGCCCCCCCGGUGCCGACAAGUGCUCUCCCUCCAUCCCCGCGCUCCGUAUGCCUGCUGUAUUGUGCUGUCCUUGUCGAUGUUGUUGCCUUGUCCGUCGCCGGGAAUCCGUCGCUUCCUAUGUCUAACGAAUGUACUAGCUGAGGAAAGUAACCUUUUCCUGCUACACACACAUACAUCCACAUUACGAGAAAGAGAGAGAGAGAGAUGUGCAGGUGUAAUUGCAAAACAAAAAGUGCAGUACGAGAACGAAACGAAGAGAAGUGUGUGGUAUAUUAUGAAACAUAAAUAUUGAUAUAAAACAAAAAUACAUACACAAAAACCAACAUUAAGCAAAACAAACAAGCAAACAAAAAAAUCGUGUGAUGUGCGCACUAACCUAUACUUUAUGCAAUUAUUAGUCUACUCUCACAAUCAAAAUGUAUGUUUGCAUCAUCAAAGCCCAGAGAAGGAGCAAGCACCGAUUGAAGAAGAAAGAACAAAACACCGGCGAGCAAGUAAAAACAGAACCAGUAAUAGCACUGUUUGCUAAAAAAAAAAACCAUCCCGCUCCCCGCCACACAGGGCACAGGGCAUAUCCAUGGCUGGUAGAAGUUGGGGGGAACAUUAACGCUUUAACCGAAAGGGGGAAUUUCCUUCCCCUUUUAGAAUUGAUUCCAGAAAGAAGUCACCCUUGCAUGUUGCAAUCGAAAAAAGCGACGCGAAACGCGAAGGACAACAAGCCUGUUAUAGUGCGCCAACAAACCUAUAUACCAUUUACUGUCCAUUUUUAUGAGUAAAUAAUCAACAAUGUGUGUGUGUGUGCAGUAAACCAAUCUGUGUAUAGCAAACAGAACAAAAAGCCACACGGGAGGCCGAAGGAGAAAUUCAAAAAUAGCUAAUCAACCAAUAUUAUCCAAAAACCAGCCAGGCAAUCGAGAAGAAAGCAGCGGCACCGUAGCGCCCGCCUAUCUCUAAAAUAUGUGUUACAUUUGCUAUAUUGUUUAUUGCCUUUUGCCUACGGUUGCAGCGCGCCAUUUCUUUGUGUUGUUUGGCCCCAAAGCAAAACGGAAGCUACUUUGUUGCGUGUUUGUAUUAGCCGAUGCUUGUUUUCCAUUGAAUAAUCAAAAAUCAACAACGACAAAAGAUUACGCAGGUUACGCAUGAAGAGAACGAGAAGGGAGGAAGAGGGAGCUAUGCUCACCAUCACUUUUGUACGGCUUUUAUUUUAGCAUAAAGAUGUGUCCGUUUUCGGUACUUUUGUUACAAACCUACCUAUUAUUACGCUAGAAGAGACGGUAAUCCCGCUGCAAAGCGAUCGACACAUUCUAACCUAGGAGGCAUUCUCUGGUGUGAAGCUGCAAUUGCUUCUCACGCACACACCCAAACACAAACACACACACAUACAUCUACUACGGAAGAAAAUGCAAACAAAAGUAUUAUUAAUGGUUAAAGAACACACACGAACACAAUUUAUGAUUCACUUUCCACGAUCGUGUAAAAGCUGCAUAGCAGAAGUGUGAAGGAAAGCCUUUUUGGAAGGGUGUUGAAACAGUCCUCUCUCCCCAUAUCCCGAUAGACAUUUAGCCGCCAACAUCCCGAAAAUCUAAACCAAGCCAACUGGUAAAACCAAUAAUCUCUUGUUUACUGAUUUUUUAGCGCAUAAGACAGGAGGAAAUCGCAAUGGCUUGUGCAUCGAAAUGCAACCUCAAUCACCACAGCACAGAACCACACAAUCUCCCCUUUCCACGGCUCACAGUGUGAAGACGGGAUGGAAACGAAAAACAGUUCUUUUUAUUGUCUACUUGUUCCUUCCUCUUUUUAUUAAUGGAAAGCACAAGAAACAUAGGGUUCGUUUUCCUCAGCCCUUUUUUCUCUCCGGGUCCAACGAAACUGGAACGAAAGCAUUCCACAUAUGAAGAUGAAGAAUUUGUGUAUUGUGAGUUGACGACUUCCACCUCCACCACCAGUACCACCCUUAGAACUACACCACCGUCUUUUUUUAUUGUUACUUACCUGAUUGUAACACACACGCGCAAUUUGUAUGCUGACGCUUGAAAAUUCCACACUAAAAAAUUGGGCGCGAGUUUGAAACCAGCACGUGGAAAACGGGAAAACGUGUACUUAAGCUAUCAUUCGAUGUAAGUAAUUUGUUUACUGUUUUUCCUUCACACACAGACACACACACACAUAUACAGAGACAGUAUCUCUCUCUCUUUUUCAAGCGCUUUUUGCGAACCAUUUCUCUCUAUAGCAUAUAUUGGUCUUCUGCUCGCGUCCUUGCUUAAUGUUAACACACAUUCGUAUAUUGGAAAAUAGUCAGGAGUUCAGUCCGGUACGGUGAGGGUGUUAAUAUAGGGUUGUCUUCCAGUAGAGCAUGAUUAAACCAUCAUCACCACCACCACCAGCAACAGCUUCCUUGUGUGUUUCCCCCUUCAUACCCCAUUUCCUAGUGUAGCUAAACCACAAAUAUCCCCCCUAAGUAUAGGAAUGUUAAGGUUGAUGAUGCAAUCGAUCGUCCCACUCUCCCAAGAACGAUCGGUGGCAACGAUCGGUGGCAGGUUUCCGAUUUGUUCCGCAAUGCAGUUUGAAAAGAGCUGUCCUAUAAAAAUUGCAUUUUGUGUUUGUUGUUUAGUCACGAAGCUUUGUUCGAAAUGUGCAAUUUUAUUUAAAAACAAAACCUCCCCUUUACUUUGUAGCCAAUACUUUGCAAUACUUACUUUUGUACCGUUUAUUUUAUACCAGCAUCAGCAGCAGCAACAAUAGAAGUGUUUUUUUUUUAUAUAUUUAUUGCUGUUGUUGGCAAGCGAAAUACUUUUGUUUUGUUUUGUCUGUGUUUUAUUUUAGAGAUAGCUUUUAAAGAGAGAAAGAGAAAAAGGGUGUUUAUUGACAAAAGAAACUGUGACGCGGGUUACUCCUUCAAUUCCAACACGCACACACACACACACACACAACUCAUCAAAUGGUGCAUUUUGUUGUUGUUUUUUUCUCUCUCUUCUAUCUUGUGUGUGUGUGUGUUUUUAGCUGAUUUUGAUAAAUUAUUUCCGCAUGCUAAAUGUGUCAGCUCAGUCAGGCGAAAAGGCACAAACAUAACGUCGUUUUAUAGGUGUAAGCAAAAAGGAAAAGAAAACGAGGAUAACGAAAACACACAGUGACAGUGGGAGUGGGACACUACUGGAAAAGAAUGGCUUUAAUUAUUGGAAUUUAAAUGAAAGGGCGGUGAAGAAGUAGUAGCAAAAAAACAAGCAUAGGUAAAACGAGAAACAUAAGAUAGGAAAGAAGGGCAAUAGAGAGAAGUUCGUUGUUUAACACACAAAACACUAUUCAAAAUGUAUAACAAAUAGCACCGGAACAAAACAAAAUAUGACAAAAUGUUAGGGGGUUUUGUUUCUUCUCAUAAUCCAAAACACAAAACAACAAGAGCAACAAUGUAUACACAAACACACGAAAAAAAAACUCUCAAUCAAAGUAUUGUUAAUUUUGUACAGUGGGGGAGAGAAAACAGAGAAGAAAAAAGGAAACCUUAAUGGCACCAGUAAACCACAUUACUAAUACGAGACUGCAGUCCACACAACAAAACACAAAAUACAAACCACAAACCACAAAACACAAAACACAAAACACAAAACACAAAAGAAAACAUAAAACGAAUGUAUGUAUGUCUGUUUUAUGUUUGAUGUAAAAUGUAUGUGGAAUAAUAUGUGUGACACACAACAAGCAUGGAAAAUUAUAAGGGAAAAGCAAAACCAGCAAAACACAUAAAACGAAAACAAAAACAGAAAAAAAUAACAAAUCUUUGUGGAUACUGUAAAACAUGGCGCCUAAACCACAAAACCACAAAUCACAGCUGUAAGAAAAUGAAGUUUUGUUAGAAGAAGAGUAAAAAAAAGCAAAGCAUAAACGAAACAAAAACACACACACACAAAGAACAUUAGAAGACAAAAUUGGUAUCGUUUCGGUUAUAAGUUAAAAAAAUUGAUUAUUUUCGUUUGUAAAUAUUGUAAACAGCGCAAAAACACGUGUUUGAGUGAUUUCUUAAAUUGUUUUUGGCAUUGUUUCUGCGAAACAGUUUCUCGUUAAGCCAAACCUCCUAAAUUUUCUUUAAAAAAAAAAACAACAAAUCAUAGUAAAACUACUAAACCCCAGCGAUCGAGCUACUAUCGAGAGCCACUAUUAUUACUACUUCUUCUAUGGACACACACACACACACAAUCACACAUAAUGCAUUGAGGUUUCUACUUAUAGCGGGCACCAGUCCAAUGAAAAGGCGCGUGUAUGUGUGUGUGUGUGGUGGAAGAAGAAGAAGAAAACAACGGGACUGACACGGGUUUGCUGGGCAACAACCAGGUACACACGACGACGCUAGAGAUUCCGGAUUCGAACAGCGAGAGCAACGCAAACACUUGUAGCAUGUAUUAGGUAUUAGAAUUGAAUUGCUAACGGUCUGGCCCGUCCCUUUGCUUGUUGAUUGAAGAUGGGUUAGGUAGAUUGUGUGCAGUAGUAGCAGAAGGAGGAGGAGGAGAAGGUGACAGUGGUGAAAUAGUAAAAAAAAGUCUGUUAUGUUAACGCAAUUGAGCAAUUAUUAUGGGCGUCGGUUGGUUGUAGAGAAUGAGCGCAGGAGAGAGAUGAUACAAGGGAUUGUUUGCAAUUUGUUAGCAAAAAAAAAAAAAAAGAAAGGAAAAGGAUUUAGCGAAAGAUUAGGUAAAGACUGUUGGGAUGACGUGAUUGGCCACGUGCUUCCGGUUACCGGCAGACACCGGGAUCACGGGCUUUCCACCGAUGAGAGGGAAGCUGGAUGCGGAUUGAUUGAUUGAUUAACAAUUUUUAUAUGCAUUUUUUUAUCUCACGUUUAGGAAAGGAUGUUGAAGCGCAUCAACAACUUUAUGAAAUAUGCUGGAGUUAUGAGUUGUUUAUAUUUUUUUUGUGUGUACUAUUUUAACUAUUUAACUAUUCUUUUUUUAUACCGUGCAUUACGAUUGAGCAAGCGAGGGCAAAACCGGAGAAGCAGGGGAAGGAAAAGCUAAAACGAAACCCAAGAACGCUUUUGUUGAUCAAGAGGAACAAGAGAGAUAGCGAUGUUGGUAGGCAAUAUAUAUGUAUAUCGAUGAGACGGGAGUGGGAAACAUUAGGGAAAAUUGAAUUGAAUUUGUAGCACGUUGUUGUUGCGCCCGCUCCCCCAAUUUGGUUGAACAAACCCCGGGUGGGGCAGGAGUGGGGAAGAGGAGGUGGUAGUUGUACAAAGUGAAUUUUUGUUUGUUUUUGCUAGCUGCGUGGGGUGGGCUGCGAGAGAGAGGACAUUGUGAAUGUCCUGGUGAGGAGGUGGUUAUGUUGAUUCACGAUUAAAGAAAACGGAUUUGCGAUAAAGGAAACGAUUAGGGUAAAGGCAAAAAUGAAACAAAAAGAGAGAGAGAGAAAAAACAAAGUUAAACUAAUAAUGGGCUUUGAGCAAAAAAAAACAUACAAAAUCAACAACCAUGUUUGCUUAGUCUUUUUUUUGCUGCGCGCUGUAGGUAAAAAUCAAAUUGAAACAAACAAACAAACAAGAAAAUGGACAGACGCCACACAGACUUGUACUGCUACUACUAUUACGGCAAACUGCUACUGAUACUACUACUACUACUACUACUACUUCUAAUUCUACUACUAUUAAUACAACUACUGCAAAAGCCGCAUGUGUGUAAUGUGUAACAAAUUACUAUGAGAGAGAGAGAGAGAGAACGAGCGGAGAGUUAUGAAAAA